AUGAGAAGAAGUAUCCUCCCUUGUGAGAAAUCUGAGAAAACCGAUCUUUUGAAUCUUAUUAAAGAUUCACAUCCUUCAAAUAACUUUGAUCAUGCAGAAUGGUCUCUAACUACAAAUAAACAGUUCUCUAUCAACUCUCUUUAUAAUUUUCUUAAUGAGAGAGGUGUCCCUAGUCCUAUAUACAAAGUUAUCUGGAAUCCCCUUGUUCUAUCAAAAGUUCGUAUUUUCCUUUGGUUACUUUCUAAGAACAAACUGCACACAAAGGAGGUUCUUUUUUCCAAAGGAUGGCAAGGUGACACUACAUGUUCCUUCUGCGAAUUAGAACUGGAAUCUAUAGAGCACUUGUUCUUCUCAUGUCCAGUUACGAAAGUAGUAUGGCAGCAUUUCAUAAACUACAAUCUUCCUUUCACUUGGCCGGCAAAAUGGGCUGACCUAUUGCUUACCUUAGAAUCAGUUCUUGGGUGGAAAGGUCAUAUGCGGCGCAGUAUAUUUGCAUCUGUUUGCUGGAGUCUAUGGAGAUCAAGACAUAAUUCUAUUUUUGAUCAAAAACAGUUUUCUAUCAAGUCCAUUAUUAACUAUGCAAUAUCGUCAUUACAUGAUUGGACAUGUUAUGGAAAUGGAGCAGCAACAUGCAAGGUUAAAGCAAAGUUGGAAGAAAAGCCGAUUCAAAUGAGCACAUAG